AACAACAACAACAACAACAACAACAACGACAACGGCAACGGCAACAACAACAACAACAACAGCAGCAAAUGAUGUCUGACUCUGAGACGGGAUCUCCACAGUACAACAACUUGUCCUCACCAUCCUCCCAAAUCCGAACACGUUUUUUGGGUGCUAGUAAUCGACGUAUGGGUAUGGUACUUGAUUCUUCCGGAUCAUCUGCUGUUGUCACCAGUCAUCAACGUCAAGAAACGUCAUGUCGUAACAAAGCACGCAACAUGUCCUGCGAUCCGGCAUUUAUACGUGGAUUAUCACAUCACGAUUCCAAAACACGAAUUUACGAUCGAGUAGCCCAGGAUUUGUGCUCUGAUAACAUUGAAUAUGUUAGUCCAAAGCAUGGAUCCGUUGAUUUGGUAGCAACGACAUAUUAUGACAGACGUUCUGGAAUGGUGCGUAAUGAAAGACCAUCCUCAUCACAGCGCUGUUAUGUCAACAACACAAGCUUCUCUUCAUUAAUAAGAAGCGGUAUGCAGUUUUCGGGUGAUGUUCUUUCUGAUAGUUCAUUGGACUAUGAUGAACUAAGGGUUCUUCCUGGACACAAUAUUGAGUGUGAUCACGGUCGAGGUGUAGCACCGGAACAAUCGCGUUCCAGACUAGUCGUCAAUGCCGAUGGUUAUUAUGAACAUAUUCCAUCAGAUGAUAUUCACAAUACCUCGCUUGAACUAACGACGUUCUCGUCGAAUCUUGAUGAUUCAAUUACUGGUGGUGUUGCUGGUUCCAGUAUUUCGGGAUUGUCAGUACCUGUUGCUACAUGUCAUCGUACUGUAUCACCAGAAUCAUCCUCCUCGAAUACAAGUAUCUCUAAUCAUCCUAAUCGUUUAAAGGCAGAAAUUGAUGGCCCAGGUGGGAAAAGGCUUGGAUGCGGUAGCGGUUCUUCAUCAUUUAGCGCCGUCAGGAGUAUGUCAGCGCAAAGAUCACAUUCCAGUUUGGAGAGUAGUGGGAAUGACGACGAACUAAUAACGCGGCAACAUAGGUCAGGUGCUGGUGAACGACGUGAUUCUGGUGUUGGCUCAAGUCUUUCGAGAUCACCCAGUGGACCAACAACACAACGACAGCGUAACUCAUUGCUGUUCACGGCAUUACAUAAUCGAGAAGUGAAAUCGAAGCACUUGUCAUCCAGUCCGUUGAAUGUUUUUCAUACUGAUUACAAUGAAACAUUCAUUAGUGACGUUAAUUUGGCGCACUGUAUGGAUGCCCUGAGCGUAAGUGAAAUGCAACAAAUACGAAAGUUGGCGUUUCUUAAACUAUCAGUGAUGAUCGAAACAUAUGCUGGAAGCGGUAUUAGGAUUGGUGUUGCUGCCGAUAGUAAUGGUAGUGGGAGAGUAAGCAAAAGUUGGGCGGUACAUAAAUUUAUUAGACGAAUGCGCAACAAUGACAUCAUUAAUAGCAACAGUAAACAUGGAACAGAACUUUCAACCUUCGGUUUACCGUUGGCAAUCAUCCAAAGUCGUUCUGGUUUCGCACUGCCUCGAUUUAUCUUGGAAAUGAUGCACUUUUUGCGUAUCGCAGCUCCAGAUACCGUUGGGAUAUUCCGAAAAAGUGGUGUUCGUUCACGAAUUACCGAAUUGCGAAUGCUCUGUGAUGUGGCUCCAGAAGCGGAGGUUUUUACAGAUGGGAAACUUGACCCAUCCCAGGUUCACGAUAUAGCUGAUCUUUUAAAACAGUACUUCCGUGAAUUGCCAGAACCUUUGAUGACCGCCAAAUAUUCGGAAACAUUCGCUAAGAUUUUCAUACAUAUUCCGGUGGAAAUGCGUAUGGAAGCUCUUCAACACGCUGUUUUGUUGUUGCCCGAUGAGCAUCGGGAAGCGUUACAAACUGUGCUUUAUUUUCUUCAUGAUAUAGCUAAACAUUCUGCAACUAAUAGUAUGACGCCGCAAAAUCUCGCUGUAUGUUUUACACCAUCAUUAUUUCAAUUAUGUGGCUCACGCUUGAAUAAUAUCAGUCCGACAAGACGUCACAAAACAAUUGGAGCGGCAGGAUUACCAACAGAGCGUGAAAUUAAGGAAUCACGGGCUGCACAAGAAUGUCUGGUGCAAAUGAUCGAACACUGUACCAAAGUCUUCAUUGUCCCAGCUAGCCCCGGAUUUGAGCGUAACAGAGGUAACGAAAAUUGCAAAGGCAUUGAACCGGAUGCACCAUUUCUCACCGAAUUGGGUUUAUCCCAAGAUGGAAAUUACAAGACAUACCUGUUGCAAAAAGCGAGAGAGCUGUUAAAGGAACAUCGGGAUCGAUGGAAAGGUUGGAUUGUUGAGGGUGCAGUGAAUGGUGUUGAAAUUUCGACUAAAAAAUCAACCGAUGGUCAUCCAUUGCGGUUCUUCCGCAUUUGGGUUGAUAUCGAAGCACCGCCCAAAGAAAUCCUCACUAGGAUUGUUCGAGAAAGGAAUGUUUGGGAUCCUCAAACAAUCAACUGGAGAACAGUGGCAAUACUGAACGCCGAAAAUUGUGACGUUUUCCAGUAUGUUAUUAAUGAUACACCAUCACAUCCUACUCGUGACGCUACAGUGGUCAGGUUGUGGCGUACGGAUAUAAAAGAAUUGCGUGGCGGUUGUUUUCUGAUAGAACGUUCAGUACAUUCCAGUGAAACACAAAUGUUGGGUGGUCUUUCUGUUGCUGUACUCUCAUCAGAAUUCCUCGUUGAACCGAUAGCUGGUCGUUCCCGUGUUACCUAUAUCACGAGGACUGAUUUAAGAGGACGAAGUAAUGUUUGGUACAGUAAAGUAUAUGGACAGCUUAUUGCUCGACAACUUUCACGACUGCGUGAUUCAUUCAAACAGUUCAUACGUGUCGAUGAUGGCCCUGAAACGAAAGUUUGAUCCAGAAUUUUAUCCUUAGGUGCUAUUUGUACACACUUUAGUAAAUCCCUCCACUGAUUUAUUUCUGUUAACGUCGUCUUAUUAUAUGGAUCUGUA